GUUGAUUGAUAUGUAUGGAAGGAAUUCGGGUCUCGAUGAUGCACGCCAACUGUUCGACGAGUUGCUCCAACCAGACGCUAUUUGUUGGACGAGUUGCUCCAAGGUAAAGAAGUUCAUUGCCAGUAUGUGAGGAGAGGUGGGUGGCGAGAUGUCAUUGUGGAGUCGGAUUUAGUCGACCUCUAUGCAAAAUAUGGCUCUGUCGAUUUCGCUUACAGGGUGUUUGAACAAAUGCUUAUUUUACUUUAUUGUGAAAAUGAGUUGGAAAUGGUAGAAUAUUAAAACUUAUUCUCAUGGUUAAUGAAAUUUAGGUUUAAUUGGUUUGGUUAUUACCAUGGUAACCAUUUGAACACCCCUAAUGGAGAGGCAAGUGUAAUACAGUUCGACGGUAGGGAUGGCAACAAAACCCGAACCCACGGGUACCCACCCGACCCAACCCGGUCAACGCGGGUAAAAUCCGUGUUGACGGGUUUUGGGCCGGGUUCGGGUUUAAACCCGCUACACUAUUCACCGGGUCGGGUUGGGUUUGGGUAAACCCACCCCAUGGGUACCCGCCCACACACAUAUAAUUACUUUCCCGGUAUAUUUAAUAUUAUAAAUAAUAUAUCUUCCUUAAAUAACUAAUAUUCUAUAGGUUUGUGGAGACAUGUAUAAUUUGUUCUUUCUAAUUGUUUAGAAUGAAGUUGAUAUUAUGAAGUUGAGAGUGAAGAAACUUAGUUGAUGAGGAGCUUUCAAUUAAUCUUAUUGUUUAUAUAUGUUUAUCUUUAAUUUUGAACAAUUUGUAUUGAUCAUUUGCGGUUUGCUUGUAUGCUCUAGAUUGGUAUUUUUUGUAUGAUUAAUUUGUAUGAGAAAAUUGAUGUUAAACUUUUAUUUUGAAAAAAACUUGUUAUUGUAAAUUUUUAUCACAAAAACCCACGGGUACCCAUGAACCCGCGGAUACCCAGCGGGUUGGGUUGGGUUUGAGUUUUUCAAACCCAACGGGUUUUACCCCGAGUUUUUUUGGCCGAUAAACCCAUGGGUUUGGAUUUGGGUUUGACAAAACCCGCCCAACCCUACCCAUUACCAUCCCUAUUCGACGGUUGACUGAGCACCGGGCCAAAUCUAAUACGACGGCGUUCACUGCAGAAAGGAAGUGAAAACGCGAAAUUUGAUCGUUGAUACCGACGGAGUACCGGUCGUGAACGUUGUUUGAAGAAGAGGAGGGAAAAUUCUUUCGUCAUUGACGGUGGGAUGCAGAGCUGUUGCUCGACGAUCAAUAACCGUUGCUGCUUGACGAAACUGUGCUGCUCUCUGUCACAGAAGCUGUGCGAACGACGGCUCUCAAUGACAAUCGGCGAAAACUAAGGUCUCUCUGUCUCCCAGCCACUCUCCUACAUAUCUUUUCGAAUUGGGGCCGUCCUGAAAUCAAUGGAGUUACGCUAUCGGGCUUCCUAAAAAUCCCUAAGAUUUGGGGAUUUUUUCUUUCAAGCUAUCUCUGAAGUCAAAGUUACAGGGAAGUUUCAAAAAGUCGACGGCGAGGGUAAGUGAGAAAUCGCAAAGAUCGAUUGGUAGGGUAUUGAUUGAGACUACUUCGACUGAAUUUGUCGGAGACAGGGGGGUUUUAAUUUGGUCGCCGGGGAGGGCUGGUUGGUGGUGAUCCCGUCGGAAACAUCAUCUUCAAAAUGGAAGAGAAUCAACCAACCUCUGUGAAAGUCAAAGACGCUGUCCACAGAUUACAGCUUUCCUUGCUCGACGGUAUCCAGAAUGAAGACCAGCUAUUUGCAGCUGGGUCAUUGAUGUCUCGGGGUGACUAUCAGGAUGUCGUGGUUGAACGCUCUAUUGCAAAGCUCUGUGGUUAUCCUCUCUGCAAGAAUUCUUUGCCUUCUGAUCAGCCUAGAAAUGGCCGGUACCGCAUUUCUCUCAAGGAACACAAAGUUUAUGACCAACAAGAGACGUACAUGUACUGCUCGUCCAGUUGUCUUGUUAACAGUCGAGCUUUUGGUGGGAGCUUGCAGGAAGAGCGAUCCAUGGUUCAGAAUCCAGCAAAACUCGCCGAGAUUUUGAGGCUGUUUGACAAACUGAGCUUGGAUUCUGCUGAGGGUAUGGGUAAGAAUGGCGAUUUGGGAAUGUCGAACUUGAUGAUCCAGGAGAAAGCCGAGACCAAAGUUGGCGAGGUGUCUUUGGAAGAUUGGGUUGGUCCAUCAAAUGCAAUUGAAGGUUAUGUGCCUCAAAGAGAUCGCAGCUCCAAGACUUCAUCACCAGCAAAAGGUCAAAGAUCCGAUAAAGUCAAAUCGAGUUCAGAGAAGUAUUCAUUUGUCAGUGACUUGGACUUCACAAGCACCAUCAUCAUUAGUGAUGAAUAUAGCAUCUCUAAGUCUCCUUCAAGCUCGGCAUCAUCUGGUGCGGCAGUGAAGGAUAUAGAAGGGAAGGGAUCUAGUGGAAAGUUCAGGGCUCAAUCAUCUGGUUCAACAAAGCUGAAUUCGGGUAAAAUCUCAAGAACUUCCAACUCAGGCAAGGCUAAAGCAGUUAAGAUAGAUGGGACGGGCCAUCAAGACGUGGCUUCACCAUCAAAUCCUCAAAGAACUUCCAGUUUGAUCAAUGAUGGAGCUAAAGAGACCAGUGAAGUUGACAUCGGAUCUGAGUUUUGCCAAUCCAGGCUGAGGCCCUCUCUUAAGUCUCCUGGUGCAAAGAAACUAGGUCGGUCUGUUACUUGGGCUGAUGGGGAAGUUGGUACUUCCAAAAAUAGAGGUCUUCAUGAGGAUAGGGAAAUGAAAAGAAACUCCACCGAUACUUUGAUUUCUUCUGAUGCUACGUGCAAAGGAGAUGAUGAUAACAGUUUGUUGCUUGAAUCGGCCGAAGCCUGUGCAAUGGCUCUCAGGCUAGCAGCAGAAGCCGCUCUAUCUGGAGAGGUUGACAUUGCUGAUGCCAUUUCUGAAGCUGGGUUAAUCAUAUUACCUCAAGCAGACACUACUGAUCAUAGAAAGUUAAUGGAAGAUGAUAAUAUGGAAGGCCAGGAGUCUGUAGAUACUAAGUGGCCCAGCAAGCCUGGUAUUCCUCGAACUGAUAUGUUCGACCCCGAGGACUCCUGGUACGAUGGUCCUCCAGAUGGAUUCAGCUUGGAGUUGUCCCCAUUUGCAACAAUGUGGAUGGCACUCUUUGGAUGGGUAACCUCAUCAAGCUUGGCGUACAUAUACGGGAAAGAUGAAAGCUCCCAUGAAGAUUAUCUGUCAGUUAACGGGAGGGAGUACCCUCAUAAAAUUGUCUUAGGAGAUGGUCGCUCUUCUGAGAUCAAACGAACUGUCGAGGGUUGUCUAGCUCGGGCUUUACCAGCUGUGGUCACCGAUAUGAGGCUACCAAUACCAAAUUCUACCUUGGAGCAAGGAGUGGGGCGUCUGUUGAACACGAUGGGAUUCACGGAUGCAAUUCCAGCACUCAGAAUGAAACAAUGGCAAGUGGUAGCUAUUCUGUUCCUGGAAGCUCUAUCUAUAUGUCGGAUUCCGGCUCUUACCUCUCACAUCAGCAAUAGGAGGGGGGUAAUUCACCAGGUGCUGGAGGGUGCUCGUAUUGGUACAGAAGAGUAUGCAGUGAUGAAAGAUUUAAUGAUGCCUUUGGGGCGACUACCUGAUUUUGCAUCACAGAGUGGAGCCUAGUUAUUGUCUAACGAGUAUAACUGGACAGCUUCCGACGAUCCUUCCGAAAGUCAGAUCGCACUAGAACGAAGUGUUUUUGCUUCGAGGUUGUUGAUUGAUUAACUUCUUGUUGGUUGCCAUCUCGUGUCCUUCAACUAGAGCAUCAACACAUACUUGUAAGUAGAAACCGAACCAUGGAGGGAGUUUUGAAGUCGAAUUGUCCACCGCAACACCUUCUUCUAUCUAAGCUUUCGAUUCGUUGCCCUGUAAUGAGAUUUCGAAUAUACGAACAGCUGGAUUGAAUGUCAUGUCUCCAAGACGAACGAUAAAUUUGUGAUGAACAC